AAACAUUCUUCUCAUACUUUUAGUUGUGUGCACUUAUCAGUAAAACUUGAAAACAGGAUUUUUUUUUGCUACAACCAGCACUAGCAGCACAUUUACUGAUAAAGUUAUCAGACCUGAAGGAGGAGUAGGAGGCGUAAACGCUGCGAUCACCUGCAGGAACAAACACCUGCAGUUUCCAAAGCUCCCACUGCUGCAGAUCCGCUGCUGUGUUUCAGACAGAGUCGGUGCAGGAGUCCGGGGCUCCUCCCUGUUUGCUCCUCAUUGGCUCCAUGCUUUUCCCCCAAACACGUGUCGGUGCAGCUCCUCCUGUCUGCCAUGACUUUUACUGUGGGAGUUUGUCCCCAGUCAUAUGUCUCAUCACUGUACACGUUGAAGGAGUUCGUUUCCUUCAGUGAAGAUUGUGGUGAAAUAAUGUUAUGAAAACUAUCCUGGAACUUAUUUUAAAAUGGCACUCGCCUUCACUGCAUUGGGAAACUACAGAUAUCCGUUCACCGUUGCCGGCAUCAGGGAAAACCCGGUCUAGAUUUAUUCCUUUUUGCUCAAUUAUUGUUUGGAAACAUCAAAUUUUUUCUGUCUCUGUUUCAUCAUUUUUUUUCUGCUGUGGUUAAAACUUGAGGGGAGUUUCGCGCACAUGAAGGCAGGAGAGGAGUAAAAAAAAAAAAAGCUUUUUUUUUUCCGGGACCAAAAGAACACCUGACGCUGUUCUGAGCUCCAAACUUCCAGCGGUAUGACGCUGGGAAACGUGUCCAGUUCUGACAGCUCGUCAGCGGUCAGCUUCUGCUCCUGCUGCGGUGCCAAGAUGGUUCCUUACUUCAGCGAUGACGCUGUGGUGACGAAAAAUCAAAUUAACCAACUCAUCAGUGAGAGCUUCCUUACAGUGAAAGGUGCAGCUCUCUUUCUUCCCAGGGGAAACAGCCCCACACCGAACUCUGCACCUUCUAUCAGCCAGCGCAUGAACAAGCAUGCAGGUGAUCUCCAGAAACAUCUCCAGACCAUGUUCACUGUGCUGCGACCAGAGGACACCAUCCGACUGGCUGUUCGUCUGGAGAGCUCUUACCCUCAGGUUACCCGGUACAUGGUGGUGGUCUCCACCAAUGGGAGGCAGGACACGGAGGAGAGCAUCGUGCUGGGGAUUGAUUUCCUCUCCUCUGAUAGCUGCUGUACUGUGGGUCUGGUUCUACCUCUGUGGAGCGACACUCUGAUCCACUUGGAUGGAGAUGGAGGCUUCAGUGUGUCAACGGUGAACAGGGUUCAUAUCUUCAAGCCAGUUUCUGUGCAGGCCAUGUGGUCGGCACUGCAGUCCCUCCACAAAGCAUGUGAGGUUGCUCGCUGCCAUAACCAUUACCCAGGCAGCCUGUUUAUGACCUGGAUCAGCUACUACCAGAGUAGGGUCUCCUCUAAUCAGCUGUGCAUCAACGAGUGGAACGCCAUGCAGGACGUCGAGUCCCACCGUACAAACUCGCCCGUCCCCUUCACAGACGUGCCCACAGAGAGGGAGCGCACAGAGAAGCUGAUCAAAAUGAGGCUCAGGGAGAUCAUGAUGCAGAAAGACCUGGAGAACGUCACCUGUAAAGAGAUCCGAACAGAGCUGGAGAUGCAGAUGGUUUGUAACCUGAGGGAGUUCAAAGAGUUCAUAGACAACGAGAUGAUCGUCAUCCUGGGACAGAUGGACAGUCCCACCGAGAUCUUUGAUCAUGUCUAUCUGGGCUCUGAAUGGAACGCCUCUAAUCUGGAAGAGCUGCAGAGUAGUGGAGUGCAGUACAUACUGAACGUGACCAGGGAAAUAGACAACUUCUUCCCCGGCAUGUUCGAGUACCACAACAUCAGAGUGUAUGACGAGGAGGCCACCAACCUGCUGGAGUACUGGAACGACACCUACAAAUUCAUCACUAAAGCCAAAAAAGCCGGUGCCAAGUGUCUGGUUCACUGUAAGAUGGGUGUGAGCCGCUCGGCCUCCACCGUCAUCGCCUACGCCAUGAAAGAAUACGGCUGGGACCUGGACACCGCCUUUAACUACGUCAAAGAGAGACGCUCCGUCACCAAACCAAACCCGUCCUUUAUGAAACAGCUGGAGGAGUAUCAGGGAAUUUUGCUCGCCAGCAAACAAAGGCAUAAUAAGCUCUGGCGUUCUCACUCUGACAGCGACCUAUCAGAUCACCCGGAGUCAAUAUGCAAAACGUCCUCAUCCCCCAACAACAACAACAACAACACAUCGACUCCCUCCUUGCAAGACUUCCUGGGCGUCGCCGUGCUGCAAGUGCUUGCUGCCGAGCCCCAAAACUCUGCCAAGUCUGAGUCGACACACACCUCUGACUCAGAGUGUGACGACCUCCUCCUGCUUCCUCUUCCUCCACCUCAAGCUGCCACUGUAGUCCCAGAGGAAAGACUGGACAAUUCAGCAAGCGUGGCUGUCACCGUGCCCGUCUCUGUUGUUCCCCACCCACCGCCCUCGCUCCACAUCCUGCCUCCAACUCCCGAACUCCAGCGCGUUCGCCGGUCACCUCCCAGACAUCUGUCGCUCUCAGAGCCUCAACACAAACCUUUCAGUCUGCACGACAGAGGCAGCUCAGAGGAAAUCUCUCCCCUCACUCUGGGGUCCGCUGAGUCGGACGUUCUCGACCAGUCGUCGUCUGAACUGACAAGUGACAAACACAGUCCUCUCAGCCUCGCAGACACCACACCUCCUCCACUGGUUCUCCCUCUGCCUCCCAGUGAUGACAACAACAACCCCAGUCAGUUAGACACGGCCGACGACUUCGACAGCCGCGCAGACGCCGACAGCUCGUCCGACCACAGCGAAGACUGCAUCGACUUUUUCAGUGCCAGGGAAAGGUUUCUGGGCUUGUCUCAGGAUGGCAGAGCUCGGACACUGUCAGAGCAGUCGCUGCAGAGGGCGCCGAUGUCACAGGAGGAGAAUGGAGAAAUGGAUGAUAAAGAUGAAGAAGAGCAGGAGACUAAGAGUCAGGUGUCUCCGCUGUCUGAAGAUAGUGAUGACACAGCCAGUGACCAAGCGCCUCAGUCUCAAGAUAAAAGCAUAUCAGUUCGCCAUAUUGUUACUGAGAUCGAAGCCAUUAGUCAUCCACCUACUCCGUCCACCUCGCCAUCACUCCUUCCAUCAUCUCUCAGCCCACAGCUAACCCCCGUGGAAUGUCAGGAGGAGGCAGAGUCCGGCAAAGUCUCCUUGGACUCCGCCACUCCACCUUUGCAGCCACCUUCUCCCUCAGUGCUGCCCUGCGACUGGCCAGUGGGCUCGGUGCGACGAGCCACCGAGCAACUGGAGCAGAAGCUGAGGCAGCAGGAAGUGGAACUGUCUGCGUCUCAGCGAUCGCCGCUGCACUCGCCCAGUGCUGAGCAUCCGCCUGUCAGACUGUCCCCGUCCCCGUCCUCCCCCAGAGCUCAGCAUCCUCCUCUUGACCCCCCCAGCCCCUCCGCACAACAAAGAACCGCUCAGGGAGAGAUCACAGCUCUAUCUGAUGAAGAGAAUCAUACAGGGUCAAAACGUGAGCGACAAAGACCCACCACCUCAGGCACAACCAAACUCCCAGACCCCGAACCCCUGUGUACCAUAAACUCAAACAAUAACCCAGCCUCUGAUGCUGAACCUAUCACUGUGCAAACACCUGUACAUAGCCAUAUGUUGACAUCAUCACUGGCCUCCACACCUGAGUCAGCAGAACAAUCUCUAUAUACCUCUCCUGACAUCAAGACCCUGCCCCAGGACUGCUCAGUUCAGAUGAGUCUGGACGGAGCAACAGUGCAGGAGUCGGAUACAGAUGAAACGCCGCCAUCUGGUGUGUCUGGAGGCAAACAAAAAGGCUGCGUCCCCGGCUGUGAAGCCCAGACCAAACUGGCCCGCAGCACUCAGGAGCUCCAGAGGAUUCAGCAGACGCUCAGAGAGCUGCAGGAGUUCCUGCACGAGGGCGCUGCCCUGCAGAUGACAGACGGCGCAGCGGAGGAACUAGAACAGCCUCAGGGCCAGAGAGACGUUAUGGCCUCAGAGCCAGGACCUUGUAGAAGGACAGGUUCUGAACAGAGCCAUGCAGAUUCUCUGGAAUUAGGACAGCCUCCCCAAAAUAGACAAAAAGAAAAUAGUUUUCAAGCAACUGGGCUGCAGAGAGCCAUGGAUCUGGAGGCCCGUAUCCGCCAGGCGGGUCUGACGCCCCCUUCUCUAAUGAAGCGCUCGGCCUCUUUGGCCAAACUGGACUGUCUGGAACUGUCAACUCAUGACCUCAGCGACUUGGACCUGAGACCACACGUUAGGACGACGUCGACACUGUCCCAGGACUCCAUCGUCUCCGCAUCCUUGUCUCACCCCGACGACUCCUGGAAGAAACAGAAGGUCCUCACUGGAAACAUUCGUGCCCAAAAGACGGGCGCGUCCCACGACGAGUCGUCCGCACAACUCUCCUCAGGUGCUCGCCGUCCCAAAGAAGACGCGCCCGAUAGGGAGGACGCAGCCGCGUCUCGACAGCAGGGGAGGGGACACUCAACCAGACGCUCUCGCAAAGCCUCUGCUGAGAAGAAGCCUCGAGCCGCGGCCGUGCUUUACAACACCAUGUGACCUCACAGAGUGGACUGGAACAGACGUGACUGUGCUCCUGUGUGUGUGUGUGUGACAGAGAGGGAAAGGCUGCAUGACGGGUAUGAACGAGCGGGCGUUGUGUAACUGUAUGUAAGUAGUGGAUGAUCAUGAACUUUAGAAAAAUGUCUGCAUGUAAACAAACCACUGGAUGUGUCGUCUCAACUGGAGUCGAGUUUUUUUUCAUGGUAGGUUAUUAAAUAUGAAUGUCCACGCAAAGACUGAACAAAUGCAUUACUGUAUGCACUCCGGAACAUUUCUGUCCCUUUUUUUAAAAUAUUGUUUUUCAGCGUCGGACCCUCCGUGUGACGUCGGAGCGGCUUCUCUCCAAAUAUGCACUUUACUGUUUCGAUAUGUUUUGUUUUAUUUGGGAUCUGUUUCUUACCCUGGGAGAGAAUUUGUUUGCACUGAUCUCAGUCGACUCGUCUCUUGUCUUUAUUCAAAUUUUUAACUGUACCAGGACGAAGCUGUGUUUUUUAAAUUCAGUUCUUUAGCAGCAAAUAAACAUGUUGAGUUUG